AUGUUUCGAACCCCUAUCUGGUAUAGGAAAAGUGUGUCGGUUGAAGCAAAAGUCAAAAUAUUUCGAACACUACUGCCCGUUUUGUUGCAUGGAAGUGAGACAUGGGCACUCACAGUAAAUAAAGAAAGACGCCUACAAACAUUCUAUAUGGGAUGUCUAAGAACACUACUUGACGCUACAUUAGGCGAUCGAAUGCCGAACGAUCUGGUAUUAGAAUUAACUGGUCAACCAAGUCUGGAUAACAUCAUGAGAAGAAAUAGGUUGAGAUGGUUUGGGCACUUCCCUAUAUCAAUUAAUUUGUUAAAGAAAGAAAAGAAAAAAAGUUUUAUUGCUAAUCUAAUUAAGAAAGGAGAAAGUAUAACAAAACGCAAAGCAAGAGCAACCCCUCCGCCAGAUGUCGGCUUCUCAAACAUGGCUUGCACACAUCGUCCUGCCGCACUCAAAGAAAAAGGCGAUUGUCGUGGCAAAAAAGAAUUAAUUCCAGCUGAAUCGUACGUCGCCAAGAAAGCCUAUCACUGUCCAGAAUUGCCAGCUGCCAAGGAACUGGGACCAAAAACUGCUGUCAUUGAAGUUAAAGUAGGAAACGUUGUUGUCACCGAGUUUCUUGGACAAGGAUGGAAGAAAUUUGAUGAUUCGAAUUCGAAAAAAGUCACGAGUGAACAGUUGCAACAACUUAUUCAUGCAACGUUGGUCGCUCUACGGAAAUUGUGGGUAGCAAAUAUUGUUCAUCUGGAUGGAGGUCGAAAUAACUUGCUGUAUGAUGCUAGUAAUCAAGUGAAGUUUGUGGAUUUUGAAUGGAUUCGGUUGGCACAGCCUCCGAAAGAGGUAUGUGGAGAAAGACAGUAG